AUGCCACGAAAAGUCAGAAAAAGGUUGAACCAACCGAAAGGAGUUGAUUUGAGGGGCCGAUCUACAAAAAGAUCUGAUUCUGCAAAUAUGUCGUCUGCUUCAAUGGCACCAUCUUCUGCAUCACAGAAAAAAAGACAGUCUUCACAGAAAAAAAAAAUUGUGAUUUUACAGAACAUUUGUAUUAGGCCUCCAGUAAUCAUACCUUCUGUGAAUGAUGAGAAGCAGCCAGUAGGAGAAAAAGAUAAUAACUCCGUAAUAAGCAGGAUGCUUAAUCCCUCUCAAAGUGUAGUGGAAGCUGGAUCCUCAGUUUCAGAAAUCACCACUUCCUUAGCACCUGCAUUCCCAUUAAAACGGAAAAUCUCAAGUGAUUCAGAGGAUGAACCACCUCAAACGGUCACUGUGGAGGUUAUAAUUCAUAACAACGCUGAUACUCAGAUUGACCGAAACUUACAGAGAAGUAUCUCAAAUACACCAAUCCCUACAAACGAAAAUCCAAAUAACAUUACUGUUCAACCUAUACCUCAGGAUAUUAUAGAAAUAGUUGUAGAGGAUAAUGAGGAGGUACUUUCCGAAUUAUCGGCAUCUUUGGUUGAAGACAUUCAAACUGAAUUUGCUGAUUUAAUCUUCAAUACCCAGAGAGAAGCAGCAAAUCAAGUGAAUGCUGCCAUAGUUAAUGCUCCGACCCGAGAGGAAAUACAACAAGAUAUAGAGAGAUUGCGUAAUAUUGGCAAUCACAGACCCACAUAUCUUAUGGCAAGCGAACGGAUUUUUGUGUCUUUAGAAGCAAACCUGAGGGAUUUGCCACGAGGACGAGCUCCCCCUGUAUAUGCUAUACGGGGAAAAAUGUACCAUCAUAUUUCUAAUGUUAAUAUUAAUGAACCUUUACAGCGUUAUGGACCUAUUUAUUUUCUAGAUCCAAAUGAAGCUGUUAAUAUUCGUUGUCAAAAUAAUAAUCAAGUCGUAGACAGGCGAUUAAUUGUCCCCUUAGAGCAAUUACUACGAAAUAUAAAUCCCUACGCCAGAGCGUACAUGCAUUUACACGAACGUUACAAUUUUGAAUUGCAAACAAUUGAAAGACUUCGAGAAGAAGCCAUUCAAAAUAAUUUAGAACCUCUGCCCUUACAGAUGCCCACUAUUACAUUAGAAUUAUUAAGUGUUCGAGGAAUGAACAGGCGGCAAUAUGAUUUGCCUAGGGUUGAAGAGGUAGCAGCUGUCUACAAUUUAUUACCAGAUACGCCAGCAACUCCUAAUAUGCGUAUUUAUAUACGGGAUGAACCCACUAGAUUUCAAAAUGUAUCGGAGGAAAGUGAACUUAAUGAUCCUUUGGUCUUUCCUCUACUGUUUCCUCAUGGAGAACCUGGAUGGUGUAUAGGAAUCCCCCACAGAAAUGAUAACCGCAAUAUAACAUUAUGCGAGUAUUAUGCCUAUCGUUUUGGAAUUAGGGAUAACGAUCACAGGUUUAAAUAUGGAGGCAGACUAACCCAGCAAUUCGUCGUCGCCGCAUAUAUCAAAAUUGAAAAUAACCGUCUUAAAUACAUAUUACGUAACCAAGAAAGGUUAAGAGCGACGGAAUAUGUUGGAUUGGCGGACUAUCUUCACCAUAGAGUUGAAGAAGGCAAUGAGAAUGAUGAAGCUGCAACGUUGGGUAGAAUGGUUAUUUUACCAUCAACAUUUAUAGGAUCACCCCGACAUCAGCAGCAAUUAUUUCAGGAUGCCAUGGCGGUAGUGAGUCGUUUUGGUAUACCUAGCCUUUUUAUUACUAUGACAACAAAUACUCAUUGGAAAGAAAUAGUAGAUAAUAUUCCUGCAGGUCACGCAGCGAAUGACCAUCCAUCUCUGAUGGAUAGAGUAUUCCAGUGUAAAGUAAAUGAAAUCAUAGACGAUAUGCUUAAAGAUCAAAUUUUUGGAAUACCUCUAGCUAACCUUUAUGUUAUAGAAUUCCAAAAAAGAGGUUUACCCCAUUGCCACAAUCUACUCAUUUUAAGGAACGAAGACAGGUUAUCAAAUCCUUACAGAAUAGACGCACUCAUUAGUGCAGAAAUACCAGAUCCACAAGUCGAACCAGACUUAUAUGAAAUAGUAACCUCCUUCAUGGUACAUGGGCCUUGCGGAGAAUUAAACCCACAGUCAGUCUGUAUGGUGAACGGUCAUUGUUCCAAAAAAUAUCCUAAAGAAUUCAGUGAACUGACAAUAAUAUCUGAUAAUGGUCAAGUCCUCUAUAAAAGACCAAACAACGGUAGGACUAUAACGGUUAGAGUUAAUAAUAGGAACUGUAUUUUAGACAAUCGCUGGAUAGUUCCUUAUAAUCCCUAUAUCCUACUAAAGUAUAAAUGCCAUAUUAAUACAGAGGCUUGCGCUACUACCCAAUGCGUUAAAUACCUUUAUAAAUAUUUUUUUAAAGGAGUAGAUAUGGCUUUGGUUCGGGUUAAUAUAGAAAAUCAAGCAAACUACAAUGAGGUGGAAAACUAUCUGAACGCACGAUAUAUGACUCCACCUGAGGCCUGUUGGCAUAUCAAUCAGUUUGCAUUACACAAAAAUACUCACACCAUUUACCGGCUCUGUGUACAUCUCCCCAGUAGACAAAUCGUUCGGUUUCAACCCGGAUUCGAAAUACAAGCCCUACAAAACAAUGAAAUUACACAGCUAACGGCAUGGUUUUUAUUAAAUCAAAAUGACAAUAAUGCUCGACAAUAUCUGUACACCGAUAUUCCGUACCAUUACGUUUGGAAUAAUAGAACCAAACGGUGGACCCGUCGGCAAAGAGGUGCAGAUAAAAUUGUAACAAGAAUGUACUCCGUGAGUAUACGUAAUCAGGAAUUGUAUUAUUUACGUUUGUUACUAUUACAUGUUCCUGGAGCACGCUCCUAUGAAGAAUUACGUACAUUAAACGGGGUCGUUUACGACACCUUUAAAGAAGCCUGCCAGCAUCGGAAUUUAUUGGCAGAUGACGUUGAAUGGAAACGAGCUCUUCAAGAAGCGUGCUCUAGAGAUAUGCCAUAUCAAUUGAGAAGCAUGUUCGCUAUCAUAUUAGCUUUUUGUGAAGUUUCAGAUGCUCCGGCGCUUUGGGAUGAAUUCCAAGAUUAUUUCAUGGAAGAUUUCAGGCGUCACGGUCUUUCCGAUGAACAAGCUCUGCAACAAACACUUAAAUGUAUUCAAACCACACUGCUGCUAAACGGCACUAAAUUAGCAUUGUACGGUUUACCAGAACCUGCAGAAAUCGUAAUACAAUUUGAUCCUAUAAAUAUAGAAGCCGAGAGAGUACAAGGUCAGGAAAUGUACGAAAACCUCAAUCAUGAACAAAGAACCAUUUGCAAUGCAGUAAUGAAUGCUGUUCAUGAUGUCAACGAUCCAAAUCGUCUUUUCUUGGUAAAUGCCGCAGCGGGAUCCGGCAAAUCAUACCUAUUUCAAACCUUAAUAUCAAAAUUACGAGGUGGAGAACUACCCGUAUUAGUAGCCUGUCCGACCGGCAUAGCUGCUUCUAUUCUGAAAGGUGCUCGGACAAUUCAUUCAGCAUUUAAAUUACCUUUCAAUAUUAACGAAACAACAACUACAGGAAUUUCUCCUACUACAACUGAAGGUCGUUACAUAGCCUCAUGUAAACUUCUAAUAAUUGACGAAGUCUCUAUGGUAACAAAUCUUAUUUUUAACAUAAUCGAAAGAGCAUUAAAAGAUAUCUGUAGUGAUAACAGACCCUUCGGCAAUAAAGUUAUAUUAUUAGGUGGAGAUUUCCGACAAACCCUACCGGUAGUCGUUGGAGGAAAUAGGUGUACAAUAGUAAACGCCUGCAUAAAAAGUAGCCGACACUGGCCCCUAUUUACAAAUUACGAAUUACGUACCAACGUAAGAGCUAUCCAAAAUGAAGAGUUUGCCAGGUGGCUCCUAAAUUUGGGUAGUGGAAAUUUACAACCUCUACGACGAACAGUGUAUGGUAAUAUUAUACAAAUACCCUCAAACUGUUAUGUUACCAGUGUACCUGAUCUUAUUGAAUUCUGCUUUGAUGACAUAGAUCCAAUAGUGGCUAUACGCAGAGCAAUUUUAGUUCCUAAAAAUAACAUUAGUCACUCUAUUAACAAAAGAGUUUUGCAAAAAUUAGAGGGUCCGAGCAAAACUUAUUCUAGCGCUGAUUCUGUUGAUACUACCGAUGAUCCGGCAGCUCAAGUGGCCAAUUACACAGUAGAAUUUUUAAAUUCACUAACACCCAGUGGAAUGCCACCACACAAAUUGGUCUUAAAACAAGGCGCAAUAAUAAUGCUUUUACGCAAUUUAAAUAUAAAAAAGGGAUUAUGCAAUGGUACCAGACUAAUUAUUCGAGUAUUGGGGAAUCAGUACAUAGACGCUGAAAAAACCGACAGUAGUGGCAGACCUACUGGAGAAAGAGUUUUUAUUCCCCGCAUAGACCUCAAGACAGGAGGUGACGUCUUACCAUUUAAAUUAAAGAGAAGGCAAUUUCCCGUUCAAUUAGCUUAUGCUAUGACGAUGCAUAAAUCGCAGGGACAAACCUUCAACCGAGUGGGUAUCUAUCUGGAGGAACCCGUAUUUACUCACGGACAACUCUAUGUAGCCUUUUCAAGAGCUAAAAACAUAGAAGACGUUAAAAUUUAUAUGUUAGAACGUCCAGAACAAGGUAAGCUUUUACCAAACACUGAAAACGUGUACACACGAAACGUCGUGUACAGAGAAGUACUAUAA